AUGGGCUUAUACGACGACCUAUCACCUCUGGAAGAAGGCCAAAUUCGACUUCUUCAGGUCUCACCACGGUCCGAAACCACCUCACCAGGAAUAGCGUGUUCCCUCGUCGUAGUGUCUCUUCGCGAACAGCCGUCUUAUUUCGCUCUCUCAUACACCUGGGGAGAUCCAUUUCCAAAUUACGGACAAUUAGAAAGCAAACGCGACGUCCUGAUGACCUGCAACGGCACAAAGAUAUUUGUGAAACCAAAUCUCUACGACUUUCUUCUCCACUGCGCUGGACAUGUGGAUCCAGCGUUCCGUGGUCUAGUUUGGGUGGACGCUCUCUGCAUCAAUCAAAAAGACCAUCUAGAGCGCAGUAAACAGGUGCAAUUUAUCGGCGAAAUCUACAAAUCCGCUGCGCAAGUAGUCGUAUGGCUCGGAGUCGAGGGCAACAGUACCGCGUCGGCAGUGAAGCUGAUGAGAGAGUUCACUGCGGCGGAUCCAGCUUACCAAGACAUCACAACGUUGUCUGCUUUUAGUUUGGCUGACUUGAUCCGCGUGCUCAGGCCCGAUCAGAGCGGGUGCAUCAAUCUCAAUCCUGCUCGCUUUUUCGAGAGGAACUGGUUCGAGCGAGCGUGGAUCAUCCAAGAGAUUACCUUUGCCCGCCAGGCCAUCGUCCUUUGCGGCCCACAUACACUUGGGUGGGACGAGAUCACAACCGUCUCAAAAUUCGUAGCAACAGAGUUCUCCGCAACGUCGAUCUGGUCAGACUACUUCGAAGGAGCCUCCCAUCCCGAUACCGAAUUCGCCGACCGUAUACGCACACGGCGAGCGCACUUCCCAGCGAAGCUUGCCGCAACCAAAGCCAGCAAGAGUGGUACAUCUGGAGACGGUCUACUUUACGCUCUGAUCCGAUCGCGGGCAUCGAAAUGCGAGGACGCAAGGGACAAAGUGUAUUCACAGCUGAAGCUCGGCAACGCGGAUAUCUUUCCUACGUACAGCAAUGACGAGACGCAGGUUUACAUCACAGCGGCGACAUAUAUUUUACAAAACAGUGACAAUCUACUGCUGUUGACUUGCGUUGAAGGCCCAGACUUCCAGGAAAUGAAGGGUCUGCCAUCUUGGGUGCCUGACUGGAGCGUGUCUAAGGACCUGGGGCUCCGUGUCACUGGCUAUCGUCACUUCAAAGCCGCUGGUAGCCUCCCGCGAAACUACACCAUUACAAGCGGUGGAAGGAGGCUCCAGAUGCAGGCCGCGAAGAUAGACACUAUAACUAGGAUCGCCGAAACAAAAGGAGAGUUGUUGGACUUCUCGCGUCCGACCAGUCUCUGGGAAAUGGUUGCAGAGCUCGACAACAUGUAUGCGCAGACUGGACAGAGCAAGGAAGAAGUACUUUGGAGAACGUUGACGACGAAUCGCGGACGCGCGCUUCACUCUGAUGCCGUACAGUAUCCCGCCUCUACGAUGCCACUACAAGAUUCCUUCGCGAAGUGGAUCUUAUGGCGAUAUUUCGUGGCUAAUAAACUGUCACCGGGACUGGAAGCAAGUUCCUUUCCCAUUCUCAAUUCUCCCCAAAGUAUGCUCCCUACUCGGGCGGCAAUAUUCCAUCACGCCGAACGGUCUUCACCGGAGGAUCGAGCCACAUUGGAGAAGGAAUCAUCUAUAUUUCACUCUCAUUAUUCUCACGCGCUAUUUUUGAGACCGUUUCGUACACAAGAAGGCUUCUUUGGUCUGGUAACGCAGUCGUUAAGAGAAGGGGAUAGUGUAUGGGUCGUUCCUGGUUGCCGCGUGCCACUUAUUCUUCGCAAAGUGGAGGAUAGUGAGAGAUACCGACUUGUUGGUGGGACAUUACUUCAUGGCUUUAUGAACGGUGAGGCCUUGGAGCGAGAGGGAAUCAGGUUCGAUAUGGUGGAGCUUGAGUGA